CGCCCUUGUUAUGUGGACGGGGUGAUGGUUGCCAUCGCGGACGCUCGCUACGAAACAUCCAAUGACAACUCCCUCAUUGAUACGGUGGCGAAGUACAGCGUGGACGAUGGGGAGACGUGGGAGACCCAAAUUGCCAUCAAGAACAGUCGUGCAUCGUCUGUUUCUCGUGUGGUGGAUCCCACAGUGAUUGUGAAGGGCAACAAGCUUUACGUACUGGUUGGAAGCUACAAUAGUUCGAGGAGCUACUGGACGUCGCAUGGUGAUGCGAGAGACUGGGAUAUUCUGCUUGCCGUUGGUGAGGUCACGAAGUCCACUGCGGGCGGCAAGAUAACUGCGAGUAUCAAAUGGGGGAGCCCCGUGUCACUGAAGGAAUUUUUCCCGGCGGAAAUGGAAGGAAUGCACACAAAUCAAUUUCUUGGCGGUGCAGGUGUUGCCAUUGUGGCGUCCAACGGGAAUCUUGUGUACCCUGUGCAGGUUACGAACAAAAGGAAGCAAGUUUUUUCUAAGAUCUUCUACUCGGAAGAUGAUGGCAAGACGUGGAAGUUUGGGAAGGGUAGGAGCGAUUUUGGCUGCUCUGAACCUGUGGCCCUUGAGUGGGAGGGGAAGCUCAUCAUAAACACUCGAGUUGACUAUCGCCGCCGUCUGGUGUACGAGUCCAGUGACAUGGGGAAUUCGUGGGUGGAGGCUGUCGGCACGCUCUCACGUGUGUGGGGCCCCUCACCAAAAUCGAACCAGCCCGGCAGUCAGAGCAGCUUCACUGCCGUGACCAUCGAGGGAAUGCGUGUUAUGCUCUUCACACACCCGCUGAAUUUUAAGGGAAGGUGGCUGCGCGAGCGACUGAACCUCUGGCUAACGGAAUCGACCACCGUCUGGACCAGCCGCGUAUCGCUGGGGCGUGGUUGUGACACUUGCUGCCGCAGCUUUUUUGCCGCGCUUGGGCUGCAAGCGCCGGAAAAAGGCUCGAAUACUUUUGUAGCGCGUCCUUGGUAA